AUGGGCCCGGUGUGGUGCAUCAGGCCCGGUGUGGCGCAUCAGGCCCGGUGUGGCGCAUCAGGCCCGGUGUGGCGCAUCAGGCCCGGUGUGGCGCAUCAGGCCCGGUGUGGCGCAUCAGGCCCGGUGUGGCGCAUCAGGCCCGGUGUGGCGCAUCAGGCCCGGUGUGGCGCAGCAGGCCCGGUGUGGCGCAUCAGGCCCGGUGUGGCGCAUCAGGCCCGGUGUGGCGCAUCAGGCCCGGUGUGGCGCAGCAGGCCCGGUGUGGCGCAGCAGGCCCGGUGUGGUGCAUCAGGCCCGGUGUGGUGCAGCAGGCCCGGUGUGGUGCAGCAGGCCCGCACCCUUGUUAAGCCACUAAUACACAGGUGGUGUGGUCAUCCAGGUGUGCGCCAGACUCUGGGGGGGGGCGGAGUCCCGGUCCAGUUCCCCCGAGAGUCCAACCGGCUGAUAGAGCUGCCGGAAGAUUACAGCGUGCUGAUCAACCAGGCAUCCAGCUUCACGUGUCCCCGGUCGGGUGGAGAUAAGUCCCGGGCCCCCACCCUGUGCCUGGUGUGCGGCUGCAUGCUGUGUUCUCAGAGCUACUGCUGCCAGACGGAGCUGGACGGAGAAGACGUGGGGGCCUGCACCGCACACACCUCCACCUGUGGAGCCGGCCUCGGCCUCUUCCUCAGGGUCAGAGAGAGUCAGGUGUUGUUUGUAGCAGGUAAAACAAAGGGCUGUUUCUAUCCUCCUCCGUACCUCGACGACUAUGGAGAGACAGACCAGGGCCUCAAGCGGGGGAACCCCCUCCACCUGUGUGCCGAGCGCUACAGGAAGAUCCAGCGUCUGUGGCGGCAGCACGGCGUCGCUGAGGUCAUCGGCCACGCUCAGGAGGCCAAUCAGACGCUGGUCGCCAUCGACUGGCAGCACCUGUGAUGCUGGGCCCCGCCCCCACGGCCUCUCGGCCAAUCAGCUUCCUGCGGCCCGACGCUGAGCUCAAACCAGCUUUCAGGGAUUCUUUCAGGACGUUUUGGUUUCUCCACCAAUCACAGAGAGGGACUAACUCUGACUCCGCCCCCUCACACACUCACAGGAAGUUAGAAAGUUUAUUUUAGAUUUGUUUUUUUGUUCAUUAGAUUUGGAACUUUAGUUUGUGACUUAAUUCUAAGAAAGUGUGAAAGUCUUUAACAGUAAACCAAAGUGAAGCCCCGCCCACCUGGCGCCUGCGUUUCAUCAUCUCUGAUCUCUUCGUUAGAAGCUACGGCCGCAAGCUACGCUAAACUACGCUAAAUCUCCCAAAAUCUGAUCUAAUGUAAUAACAUAUGUUUAACACUCAAACCACCAUCUACUCCGUAACCCUAACGAGUGGUUUUGGGGUCUAAGGUUAAAGGUGCCGUAGGUAGGAUUGGGAAGAUCCAGGAUUCAGCCGAAAAAUAUACAUCAACAACUUCUUAGUCCCUCCCCCCUUUCUGCUAAAACCCAAAACAGUCUUCUAAGCCCCUCCCCCCACAAGGGAGAACAGUUAGACACCCCCCUGGCCCUGAUUGGUGCAUCUGAACAGUUAGACAUAAAUAUGACUGAAAGGUAGUUUUAGAAGUCUUACCUACUGCACCUUUAACUGUCGUUGCCGUGGCGAUUUCCCUUCUAGAUUUAAUCGGGGUUUAGUUUCAGAUUGUGUUGCAUGAUGGGAAAUCGUAGCCUUGGACACGUUCAGAUCGCUUCACUGUCUCUGAAAACAAUUCGAAAACACACACUCCGUCUGGUCUCAGCUCACUGUCCGAUUCUGGCUGCGUCUCCACACCAACAGCAGCUGAGGAUCAUGGGUAAUGUAGUAUUCAGAGGCAGAAACAAAGUGUAGCUGAUGAAACCAUUGAGUCACAUUCAGAACUUCAUUCAAAGAAACGCAGCUAGAACCGAAAGUCUUUUAUUGUGAAAUCUGAUUUUUUUUUUU